AUGAGUCUCAAUUUACCUUGCUCUCCAGAUGACCUUAAAAAAAUUAAGCUCACCAAGAUAGAAGAAUAUGAAAAGUCAAAGGAAACUAAAAAGAUACAUUUGGAACAAAAAGUUAAUUCUUUAAUAACUUAUAAUGAAACACAAAGGAAGUCUAUUAGCAAUUUAGAAACUCAGUUUAAUGAAUUUAAGAAAGAAAUUAAAGACUUUGAUAAUGAUAUAAGAACAGUUAAAAAUAAUCCAGAAAAUAAACAAAUAUUCAAUGAAAUAAAGGAAUUGAAAGAAUUUAAACAAAAAUCAUUAGAAAGAAUUAAACAAUUUGAAAAUAAAACAAAACAAGACAAUAAAUCAGUGUUAUUAGAAUUAGAAAAAUAUAAAAAGGAUUUAAAAAAAUUAGACUUAAAACAACAACAAAUUUUAGAUUCAAUAACUAAAUUAAAUAAACAAGUUAUUCAAAUAUCCCAAACUCAAAACAAAAUUCAACAAAUAACUCAAAACUUUGAAACAAAACUAGAAAAUAUAGACACAGAACUUUGUAAUCCAGAUAGAAAUGGGUAUUUUAGAGACCCUGAAAAAUUAUUGACAAACCCAAAAUUUCAAAGAUUUACAUUCUCUUCAUUUAACUUAGAAGAUAAUUGUGUAGUAAUUAAAACAUUAUUUGAUACUAACAUAAGUGGGUUUAAGAAAAAUCUUUUUAAAGAAUGUUUAGAAAAGCAUAUUCAUCAAACAGAUUUAGUUGUGUUUUAUAAAUUUGGAACAAAAUUUGUUAUGAAACGUUUAUUUUUAAAUUGGGAAUUGAGGGAAAAUAAAAAUAUAUAUUAUGGUAAAAUGAAAGCAAAACAUUAUUCUGUUAUUGAUGAUAUGUUUAUUUAUGAUUUAGAAUUCAAAUCUAAUGGUUCUGUUAAUUUUUUAGUGACAGAAAAUUCAGAAGUCUAUAAAAGUAUUGAUGAAAGAAAAUUAAUUGAUUUCUUAGAGAAUCAAACAAUAGCAGAAAGAAUCUGUUUAUUCUGUUUAGAAACUAAGGACAAAUUUAACUCAAAACAUCAAAAAACACUGACAAAAUAUUUCACUCAAUUAAAGAAGAAUACAAGACACCACUAUAAUAUUUCAAAUGAAAUUUAUGAAGAGAUUACUUAUCACAACGAAUCCCAAUUAAACAAAUAUAUUUCCUCUAAGGAUACAUUCAUUUUUGUUUCAAAAACAAAGAAUGGAAAAUGGAAUUCAAGUACAAAUAUCUAUAAAAUAAUUUAUUAUAAUAAUCCUAUUGAUCCUAUUGACAAAGUGUUUGUCUUUAAAAGAACUGAUACUCCUGAUAGUUUUUGUGGUAUGAUACUAUUACUAGUAAUAGUAGUAGGAAUUAUUUAUUUAAUAUUUUUUUAA